UGAGGGAAGAAUGCCAUUGUGGCCAGGCAAGGCAGAAGGGGUCCUGCUAUGCUGUGUAACACUUUGCAGUGAAGUAAACUCAAAUACAGAUUCUGGGACAGAUGGAGGACCAACUGAUGUCCCCACGUCACUUAUGGCUUGGACCAUGAUAACCAUGAAAAGUACCUGUCCACAAGGUUCUGCGCAGGCCCUGUCCAGCAAGUAACUGAGGCAAGAAGCACAGGAAGCCUCGUUGAAUGGCUUAUAUUUGACAACAUGCACCACCAGUGGCUUCUGUUGGCCGCAUGCUUUUGGGUGAUUUUCAUGUUCAUGGUGGCCAGCAAGUUUAUCACCUUGACCUUUAAAGACCCAGAUGGGUACAGUGCCAAACAGGAGUUUUUGUUCCUAACAACUUUACCAGAAGCAGGGAAGUUGCCAGAAGAGAAGCACUUUCCUGAGGAGCUACAGACAAGUGGGAAGAUGCUGCCAGAGAGCCAACUUGAUCAACCCCUGGUGUAUCUGGAGCGUCUGGAGCUCAUGAGAAAUGUGUGCAGGGAUGAGGCCCUGAAGAAUCUCUCACAUACUGCAGUGUCCAAGUUUGUCCUGGAUCGGAUAUUUGUCUGCGACAAGCACAAGAUUCUUUUCUGCCAGACUCCCAAAGUUGGCAACACCCAGUGGAAGAAAGUGCUGAUUGUCCUAAAUGGAGCAUUUCCUUCCAUUGAAGAGAUCCCCGAAAAUGUGGUUCAUGACCAUGAGAAGAAUGGCCUUCCUCGUCUGUCUUCCUACAGCAAAGCAGGAAUUCAGAAGCGGUUGAAAACAUACUUCAAGUUUCUUAUUGUAAGAGAUCCUUUUGAAAGACUGAUUUCUGCAUUUAAGGACAAGUUUGUACACAAUCCCCGGUUUGAGCCAUGGUACAGGCAUGAUAUUGCUCCUGGCAUCAUCAGGAAAUACAGGAAGAACCGAACAGAAACCCGGGGGAUCCAAUUUGAAGAUUUUGUGCGCUACCUCGGUGAUCCAAACCACAGACGGCUAGACCUUCAGUUUGGGGACCACAUCAUCCACUGGGUGACGUAUGUAGAGCUUUGCGCACCCUGUGAGAUAAAGUACAGUGUGAUUGGACAUCAUGAGACUUUGGAGGAGGAUGCCCCAUAUAUCCUGAGGGAGGCCGGCAUAGACCACCUGGUGUCCUAUCCAACCAUCCCUCCAGGCAUUACCGUGUAUAAUAAAACCAAGGUGGAACACUACUUCCUGGGCAUCAGCAAACGAGACAUUCGACGCCUAUAUGCACGUUUUGAAGGGGACUUUAAGCUGUUUGGGUAUCAGAAACCAGAUUUUUUGCUAAAUUAAUGCAUAGGACCUAUGAAUCUAGUUUGUUAAUCCAGGGGCUAACCAGGUGGAGAUCUGAGUACAGAAAUGACACUCGCUCUGUCACACCCCUCCUUAAGCCCCUCUAAGGUCUCCUGGGGUCCAGUGAGCAGAAGGUACUAGAUCCAGAUUGCUUAGCUUGGAUGUAAGGUGCCUUUUCCUCCGUGGAAGGGGGGAAGACAGAUAUGGUCAUGGUCAACUGGAUUUGAGAAGCAUAGCACAGCCUUAGGGCUGCUUCCCUCUGCUGUUACUAGCAUUGACACUAAAGCACUCCUGUCUGGCUGAGGAGGUGUCACCUAUGCCACAUGAUGGCAGGAAUGACACCUUGAAGAGGGUUAGAAAAGUUAAGGGACUGCCAAAGUCACCAAGGCCCAUGCAGGAUCCAUCUGAGUUACAAAAAGGACUCCUUGCCUUUUGUCUCUACUUUAACCAUGCAGGCAAAUCAGACUUCUGUGACCAUUGAGUUCUCAUGGUGUUUGCUGAUGACUGCAGAAUGGUUCCAGAGGUUCAUCAUUCGAGAACCCAUGCCUGGGCAAUGCUAGCCUAUGUUUCAGAAUCUUCCCACCACAUGCCUAUAUCAUGUAGCAUAGGACAUAGAAUUUUAGAAAGUAAGGGGAGUGUAAAUUCUACCUGAGGAGAACACCUUUAAUGUAACAUGGUAGAAGAGGUACUGGCAGGGCAGGGAGUGGAUUGAGUACCUCCAUUUUGACCCAUCUGUCUUGUCUUUGACCAUCCAAUCUGGAUGGUUCUCCACCUACUCCCUCAACAGCCUGCACUAUCCUCAGAAAAGAGACCAGACAAAUGGACCAACUAGGAGAAAACUGCACACAGACUAUCGGGCAAUAUGCCAGCAUACAGAACUCAGUGCUGCUUAUACAUUUUCACUUUCAUCUCAGCAGACCCAUUUCUGAUACUCCACCAUUCUGGACUGAAUGGCUAGAAGUUGGAUAACCAAGUUCACCAGCAAUAAAAUCCUAGGCCGAGGCAGCCUCCAAGAACAAGUCUUCCAGGCCCCAGUGAGAAUCAAGCCACGAUGACCAUUUCAGAUGCCCUCUAGCCAGUUCCCUGAGUGAGUCCCUUGAUCUCACAUCUACAUUGUCAACCAACCUAGCACUGCUAUGAAUGAGCCAGCUUUUUUUUUUUAAGGUAGCCUCAACCUUCCUAUUCCCAAAAAGGCUUCCUGAAUUUAUGAAUAUGAAAGUCAAAAGAAAUUUACAAUAUGUGCCAAAUGUGACCUGUGUUACAGUCCCAGGGGAAAUGCUCGGGGGCCUUGUGUGACUCCUGAGGCCUGGACAAGAACACAAUCAUGGACAGAAGUGAGGCUCACCUCUCCAUUCUCAACUGACAAACCAAGGAUGUAACACUGAGUUAUUUUUCUACACAGAGUUUUAGCAAAACCUUUUUAAAAAUCAUUUCAUACCUAAUGAGCUGAUUGUCUCUUUCCUCUUUGAAAAGUAACAGUGCAUAUUGUAUAUGAAUUUAAGGCCUUAAGGUUAGCCCUAAUUAAAAUGGCAUUUUCUCUCAGAAACAAAAGAUUGCCUAUGUGAUUAAUAUGGUUUCCCCUCCCCAUUGGCAUUUAGGUGAUUUUUCUAACAUAUUAUUGCCAAAAAGCAGAGAUACUGUUUUCAAAAUAGCUCUUGGACAUGGCACAGUAUACCUGGGACUAGCCACCUCCACCCACGUGGCCUUCAACCCCACACCUCACCCUUCCACCAAGGACCUAGAAGUCCCUUUUGAUACUUUCAGAAUCACCUUCCUCUUAGCCUUAAAGGAAGCAAUAUUCUGUCUCCUAGUCACUAUCACACUGUUUCAACUUCCUUGAUUUUCUCCCCCUACUUCUGCCCCAACAGAGCUUUUCUGCCACAAACCUGGCCUUGUCUUUCCAGGCAGUCCAUUCUUUGGGUUUGGUGUUCUAAUCUCACUGAAGCAGCAGACCGAUUGGGGGCCCUGUCCCUUUGGCUUGGCUCUUUAUCUGCUCUAGAGGCUGCUCAUUGGUUUUCAGGACCUGCUCUCUGAAACAGGAGUCAGCCUGGCCCCUUCGCAGGGCCCCUCUAAGCCUGCAAGAGGAGCAGCUUUGAUGAUCUCCGGGCUAUCUUUAGGUCCUGCUUAGCAUAGUGAGUAUAUGUACAAUCUGCCUGUCCAUCUCAUUUUCUGUCUCUCUCAUGCUAGGUCACACUUUCUUCUGGUGUUAAUCCCAUCUCUGUUCCCCGCUUCUGUUGGAUGAUUGAGCUAGGACCAUGGUUCCUACCCACACCAGUCCUUGUAUCAGAUGCCCUCUGCUAGACAAACCCUUGCUAUUUUCUCUGCAUUUGUUUCUCCAUUUUUAUAAUAUGGAUAGACAGAAUUUUCUAAAUCAUAUUUUCUUUGGGGAGAGGAACCUCCCCCCCCCUC